GUGCUAAAUGCUAAUCAUACCAAGAAUCUGGGUUAUUUCCUUUCAUCUCCAACCCAAAAUUUAUUACUAUUUUUUGUUUAUGGAGUUGAAAAAUAAAUUAAAUUCUUCCCUGGAGCAAAAGAUCAAAUAGGAAAAAGGAAGGAAAAAAAAAACCUUUCUUCCUCUCUUUGCCCUUUGACUCCAUUUUCAAUAUUCCACAGUUAUCAUCCUCUUAAGUUGGAAAGAUGACAGAGAUAUUGUUGGGAACUCAUACGAUAAAAUCCCAUGGAGUCAAGGUGGUCAAAGCACAUAUACAUAACUGGCUAAUCCUCGUAAUUCUUGUCGUCAUCGACGGUUUGUUGAAUUACGUCGAGCCCUUUCACCGCUUCGUCGGACAAGAAAUGAUGACGGAUUUAAAAUUCCCUUUCCAUGAAAAUACCGUUCCGGUGUUGGUCGUACCGGUUAUUGCAGUAUUGGUGCCUUUCAUUAUUUUUGGUGUAUACUACUAUUUGAGAAAGGACAUUUAUGAUUUUCACCAUGCUAUACUAGGCAUUCUGUAUUCCGUUCUUUUGUCCGGAGUUAUUACGGACUCGAUCAAAGAUGCCGUCGGUAGGCCGAGACCGAAUUUCUUUUUUCGAUGUUUCCCCGAUGGGAAGGCUGUGUUUGACCAAGUUUCAGGGGAUGUUGUCUGCCAUGGGGAUGCAAAGAUUGUCAAGGAAGGAUACAAAAGUUUCCCUAGUGGUCAUACUUCAUGGUCCUUUGCAGGUCUUUGUUUCCUUUCGUUGUACUUGUCGGGAAAGCUCAGAGCAUUCAAUCGCAGAGGCAAUGUCUCAAAACUUUGUAUCGUGAUUUUCCCGGUACUUGCCGCUGUUCUCGUGGGUAUUUCUCGAGUGGACGAUUACUGGCAUCAUUGGACGGAUGUUUUUGCCGGAGCUCUUAUAGGAACGUCCAUGGCAGCAUUUUGUUACCUGCAGUUCUUUCCCUGUCCUCAUUAUGAAGAUGGUUGGGCACCUCAUGCAUAUUUUAAGAUGAUUGCGGAAAGACAAAGUGGUGAAAGUCCAGAAAGCACAAUCAGAUCUCCAAACAAAAAUGAAUCUAACGAUAUUGAAACACAACCUAUGUGAUGAGUAGAAUCAAAGUCCAAAACCAUAUUAACAUAUUGUUAAGUGAAUGUAUGUAUACGUGAAUGUCCACGUAACAUAUAGAGUUCACCAAAUAAAUGCAAACAAUUGUACUAAUAAUAUCUGUGUAUGUCUCAUCUCCUAUGCCCUAUAUUAUUCGUCAUGUCUCGAAACAAAGGAGACGGUUUCCGCCUGUUGCGGGUUGUCUUGAAUUUAAUGUAGACGAGGAAAUUUGGGACGUGCGGUGGUGAUUUUUAUAGACGAGGAAUGUAAGUUACUUUUUUAUUCCCCGAACCUUGGGGAAUGUUUGACUCCAAUUUCAUCGAUGUAUGGGUAGAUGAGAUGGCGGCUAUCUCGUAGUGCUUCCUCUGUAUGUUACUAUUGACAAUGGGAAUAUUCAAAAGUUUUGAGAUCUAUUCAUCGUUAUAUUAGCGUUUUGUUAAGAUUGUAGGGAUGCAAAGAGUCGAACUGUUGGGCUGAAGUCCUGCUAAAAGCAAUCUAUGUUCUUAGUUUGCUUUAUAGCUAAUGCCUCCUUCA